CCCAGGUCCAUCAGCUGCCUGCCUGCUGCAGAGAUGGUGCAAGCAACUCCCUUGCUCCUCGUGCUCUUCCUGGCCCUGGGGGCUCACGGCCUCCAGGCUACACAGCAGUGUAAGCUGACUGGGCAAUGGAAGAAUGACCUGGGCUCCAACAUGACCAUUGAUGAAGUAAAGGAAAAUGGUGACUUCACUGGAAAGUACCUCACAGCUGUGUCAGGUUCCCCAGAAGAGAUCAAGGAAUCACCUCUGGUGGGGUCCCAGCGGCUCCCAUAUUGGAGCCAGCCCACCUUUGGUUUCACUGUCCACUGGAAUUUUACAAAUACCACCAGUGUUUUCACGGGCCAGUGCUUUGUGGAUGCUAAUAGAAAGGAAGUUUUGAAGACCAUGUGGCUGCUGAGAUUACACUCAAAGAAUCUUGAAGACAACUGGAAUGCCACCUUGAUUGGCUACAACACAUUCCGGCGCAAGGAAGAUCUCAUGGAUUGA